AUGGCAAUCAUUCACAUCGUGCAGUUUUCUUUCAAGGUUGAUACGACUCCUGAGCAAAUCGACGACGCUUGUCGCCGCUUUCUCGACCUAAAAGAAAAAUGUAUCGAUCCUAGAACAAACCAGCCUUACCUGAAAUCAGUGAUAGGUGGUCUUGACAACUCUCCCGAAGGACUGCAGGGCGGCAUGACCCACGCAUUCGUUAUCGAAUUCGAGAGAGAAGAAGAUCGCCACCACUAUCUAACCCACGAUCCAGCACAUUUGGAGUUCGGAAAGUUAAUGUUGAGCCUGGCCAAUACUGUUCGCGUGGUGGACUUUGAACCGGGAAAGUUCUUGUGA